CGCCUAGACAGCAAACAAAGUAUUGAAAUACAUUUUCCCGCUCGAAGUCCUAGUCUUGGCUUUACUUCGUUCAGCACAGUUUUCACUGAAACUCUCUGAAGAUGAGGAUCUGCUAUCACUCGCUUUUGCUUUCAAGUGUGUUAGGCGGUGGCCUUGCUGCAAUGGAUUUUGAUACGGGUCUUGGCAUCUCUCUGUCGAGCGGCUAUGCGACUAUCAGCGCACGUCUCAGAGAUGGAGCGUAUCUUGACAUUGCCAAGAUUGAAGGUAGUGAGAGAUACAAAACAUACAUGCUUGGUCAAAAUGAAGAGCCAACCGGCGACAUCAUUUCAUCAAAGUACUGUCUAUUUUCACAACAAAUUUGCCAGAAGUACUGGCCCUUGAAGCGUGUUACCAAGCCACAAAGCGCUCUGGCACCCAUAAUUCAAGCGCUCGUAGCUGCAGCUGGGUCCACACUCGACAGCAGCAUAAACUCCAUAGCCGUAUCUGCAUCCGAUCUGAAAACUAUCAACCACGAAGUGGCACUUCGCGACGUUCAAGCGGCGCUCAGCAAAGUCCGUGUCUUCAACUGGAAGCGCCUUGACCACGUCGCGCAUCAGCUCGUCCCAGCACUCGAUCUCCAAGGCCGAUGUUCUGAUCCCUACAUCCUACCAGAGGAUCCCAGAUACCACGCAGAUCCAGCGCAAGUAAUACUGACACUUGACUACACCCGUCAGUCGUUGGCGGCCGCAUUCUGGGAUGAGGAAUGCGGCGUCUUAUCGCAACGCAGCGCGCUUCAUACACCCGAACUCGGCCACGAUGGACUAGAGUCGUGCAGGAGAAAUGAAAAGGACGUCAAAGUCUGCAACGAGGGUUUCAAGACGGCGCUGCUCCAGAUGCUUGGCAAGCCGGACUCAAAUGAUACUAUCGGAGCCGUCUUGGUGAUAGGAGAAUAUGCAAAUGAUGAUGGUAUGUUAGCACUUCUGCGCAGCACUCUGAAGGAGCGAUUUUCCAACGGCGGAUCUAUUGACUUGGCGCUCAUACGUGAACUUGCCACCGAGGCAGCAUAUGCUGGCUCUCGAGCAUCAGCGUGGGCUGAAUGGGGUGCGAAGUCCGCCACGCGGGGAGAAGAGGAGCAUGUAGCUGCGAGAGAGCUUAAAUAGAUCAUAAACGUAGCCAGUAGUUAGGGACUACGCUUUUGCUGAUGUCCUGGUGUUCGUUUCCAGUGCCAGCAACAGUCCAGUAAUUGGAAAGACU